AAGGAUUUAAUUUUGAAUUUUUCUUUAUGGUGUGGAAGAGGCUCCAGCCCGAACUUCGUCUAAUCUUCAGGCUUUUAGACUAAAAUCAUGCCCAAGUUCAAACAACGAAGAAGAAAGCUAAGAGCCAGGGCCAAACACUUACUGAAGAAGAAAGAAGCCUCUCGGGUCCAGCCUAAGCUAUCGACACCUCCCCCUCCGCCACCCCCACCAGAAAGAGUGGUUACUUCUUCAACAGAUACACCCCAUAGCAGAAACUGGCUAAGACAACCUUGGAACUUCAGAUUUCCCAGCAUCAAAGAUACAAUAAACCUUUGGACACACAGAGCAUGGUGCAUAUACAGUUGCUGUCAGACCUGUGUAGCCCAGAGUUUCGAAGUACUGAAAGAUGCCGUCUUCCCUUCCCGAGUCUACCACAGAGAACUUCACAGUCUAAAACAACAAGUUUGUGUUUUGAAAAGUGAAUUAUGCAAGCUCCAAGAAACACUGAAGACCAUCUCAGAAAAUUCUUAUUCAAGCUGUUGUCAUAUGUGUUGUGUGAGUGAUAAGCUCACAAACGUGCCUGCCUGUGCUCCAACAACCCAUGGAGAAUCCAGAACUGUACUUCCUCCCACAUUGCCACAGCCAGCCAGUCAUCCUCCCCCUCCACCUCCACCUCCUCCUCCUCCUCCUCCCCCUCCCCUCCCUCCACCUCCUCCUCCCCUAGCACCUUUGCUGCUCAGAAAAUCUGGUACUGCUAAAGCACUUCAGACUGAACCAUUAAAGAAAGAUGGACCUAUGCAUAUAACUGUUAAAGAUCUACUCACUGUAAAACUAAAAAAGACACAGAGUAUUGAAGAAAGGAAGAAGCUUCUACCAUCACCACCAGAGGAACGGAGUCCACUAGUUACUAUCUCUGACCUGCAGCGUGUUACUCUGAAACCCAACUCCAAGGUGUUAGCCACACGAGUUAAAAAUGUCUUAAUUACUCCUGGUAAAAGCCAGAUAGAUCUGCGAAAACUGCUGAGAAAGGUCGAUGUAGACAGGAGCCCAGGUGGGACUCCUCUCAUCAAUAAAGAAAAUAUGGAAACAGGAACGGGACUAACUCCAGUCAUGACUCGGGCCUUAAGGAGAAAGUUUCUGCUGGCUCAUCCUCAAAGCCCGACGCAGUCCCUGCCACUUCCUACAAGCAGCUUUGAUGACCAAAACUGAGGCCAACUCUGCCUGACUCCAUGGAGAGAUCCAGACAAUGACAGAUCAAACCCCCUAAAUCUUCGUGUACUAAAAUAUGUUUAGCUCUACGAAUGUAAUUCUGCUUGAAGAAUCAGAGUGGGUAUGUAUGGAACCUACACAUACUGUGGCAAACAGAGAGCACUUAGCUGCUUUCUGGUGAUGGUGAUGGUAAGGGGGCCCGAUGGGAAGGUGCAAUCAGCAAUGUGAUGUGUAUCCUGUUAAUUACCCAGUUUGGGUUAGAGUGGCUGUUCAGAUUUAAUUCCACGGGGACUGGU